CUGGUACUACCAAUAGCGAGUACUAUUGCUUUUAGUUUUAAUAGCCUACCUUUCUCUGGUCCUGGAAUUUGUAGUCUCAUUAUUUUUUGCCUCUGACAUAUAAAACUAAAAGUGAAAUGAACAAAAAGCAGAACCAAACUAUCACACUAAGAAAAGACUUAGCAAUACUACUAUUGGUAUUACUAAAGUGUAGCAGUAUUAGUACUGGUAGUAGUACUAUAGUCGUCUGAACUAUUUGUUACCCAGUUUGUCUUAUCUUACAGAGUCAUGCUAAAUUAUUUCUUUUGAUUGUAAGCUGUAACUGAACUUUGGGAAAACAUAGCAAAUUUACAUAUUAGAUCUUAUUCGUAAAUCAGCUAAAUGUUUUAACAAUUGAGUAGAAAAAACUCAACAACAUUGUGCUGUAUUCAUAAAUACUUGGAACUAACACUAAGAGUACGUAUAUGGAAGAGGAACAAAAUUGCAUAUAUGAGGAUUUGCCCUAUUAUGUGCAACUCAGAUUUUAUUAUCUGAAUCAUGAAUCAGUUUCCUAUUUUGGUCAAUCAAGUUUAAAGAACAAAUUUAUCUUUAUUUCCAGUUCAUCAUUGUACAACAGCAAAUGCCAGAUGAUAUAAGGAGAUAGACAUGCCACCUAAUGCACAUUUUCUUCUCCAGUUGUUUGAGUUUUGUUUUUAGAAAAAACAGCUUAUAAAAAUCCUAAUGGAUUUAUUCACAUGCUACUAAAUGACUAACUUACCCAGCUCUUAGAAACUGUGAUGAUUAUUGAAUUAUCAGGUACAGUAAAGGUUGAUGACGGCAACUUGUAUACUGCUAAAAUAUCUAUGCAACAGAGUGAUGCAAGAGUGAUUUCUUAUAGGAACAAAAAUAGUAGUACAUGUAUCAUGGCAAAAACAGUUACAGUUCCUGAUGAAGAGAAGAGUAUGUCUGCUUUAUCUAGCAAGCAACAGGUUAUUUUUGUUCAAAGACCUCCUAAUAGCAUUGUAACAUUAUCUGAUGAUAGUUCUUCAGUGAAUAUCACAGAGAGCUUUGGAACUACUGAUCAAAAUGUUAAUUCAACAUCAUUGAGUAAUUCCAAUGUUAAGAUUGUCUUUACACAAUCUCUCGGUUUAAGUAUGCAGUCCAUUAGUAAUGUAAAACAGUUAAGUUCCAAUAAGGAAAGUGUACAAGUGAUUAGCAAAGAUUUUCUAAGCAGCAUUGGGUCAGCUCAGCAGACAGGUGCAUUAGCAGAAAAGGAAAUAAACCUAGGGAUUCCAACAGAAAUGUUGGUUCCAUCAAGCCAACACCUGCCAAUAUCUUCUCAAACUGUGUUGUUGGGUGGAAGUCCUGCCAAAAUGGUUCCUCUUACUAAGCAAAAAUCCACUAGUUUUUCUACUCAGGUUCUUCAAACAGUUCAAAAAAGUCCAAAUAAGCAGGUGGUGUAUAUGCUGUCCCCUUCAAAGAAUGCAGUGAUUCCAAUGUCUGUGCCAAGGCUUCCUCAGAAAAUUGCUCCUGCUGAUACUGCAGUGAAUAAUUCUAAAAUAAUUAUUGCUCAUGAAUCUACAACCUCUAAGGCUGAAUUAUUUAUAUCCAAACAAUCUUUGGUGCCAAACUCACCUCAAAAAAUCAUGCUUAAACCUGUAGUUUUUACCACUUUAAAAUCAUCAGCACCGAGUACAAUGCCACAGAGUCAGUUUAGACUUGUUGCACCAAGUUCAUCUUCCCAAAGAAGUCUCAUUACUAAACAGAUCACACCAAGAGUGCCCACAUCUGCUUCAGUUCUGCCUCUCCAGCUUCCCACAAACAGAUAUUCAUGUGUGCAACUAGUUUCUGCCACAAAUUCCCAGAACUUGACUGUUAAACAGUCUGCUGGUGCAAUUAGACCAACCCUGACACUGCUGUCUAAUAAUCAGAAAGUUUCCGUACAACUUAACAGCCAUUCAGGACCAAAUCAAAUUACUCCAAAACCAUUAACCAUUCCUCAGAAUUUGCUGAUCCCUGCUUCAUCAGUUUCAAAAAUAUCUCCUUGUCAGCCAGCUAGUCUGACUCUAGAAGAAAUCCAGAGACAAACAUUAUUGACUGGUGGAAAUAGUAUUUCUAAAUAUGUAGUAAUUCCAGCCAACUCUCAAUAUCAGGUCCAUCAGAAUGGUCAGGUGUUAUGUGGAAGUAAGCAAACUACUAAAGUGAUAUUACCAUCGGGUCAGGUGCCCACUUUACUUCCAGCAACUCCCCUUGAGGCAAGCGGUACACCAUCUCAUUGUCAUUCAACAGUUAUCCCAGUUUCUUGUACAUCAAGUGCUGGAAUUAAUUUUGAAUCAGAGCCAUCACAAUCUACAGUACCCUCUCAAAGACUGAAUCAGCAAGAAACUAAUCAACAUGGUGAGCAAGCACAGGAGGAACGACCCCGAAGACCUUGUAAUUGUUCCAAAUCCCAGUGUCUGAAAUUAUACUGUGAUUGCUUUGCAAAUGGUGAAUUUUGCAGUACUUGCAAUUGUACUAGUUGCUUUAAUAACUUGGACCAUGAAGAAGAAAGGCAAAAAGCCAUCAAAAACUGUUUAGAGAGAAAUCCUUAUGCUUUUCAUCCAAAAAUUGGGAAGUACAGGGAUGGAAUUGUUCAGAGAUGUCACACAAAAGGCUGUAACUGCAAGCGAUCUGGCUGUCUGAAAAAAUACUGUGAAUGCUAUGAGGGAAAAAUUUUGUGCACACAUUUGUGCAAAUGUGUGGGAUGUAAGAAUAUUGAAGACAACUUUGAGAGAAAGACGUUGAUGCAACUUGCUGAUGCUGCAGAGGUUAGGGUACAACAACAAGCUGCAGCCAAAACCAAAAUUUCAUUUCAGCUUGAGAACUUUCCAACUCGACCAGCAAAUUUCACAGCUGAAGGACACAGGUUGCCAUGUGCUUUUGUGACACAGGAAGUUGUAGAAGCUACAACACAAUGUCUUUUAGCUCAAGGUGAAGAUGCAGAUAGGUCAGAGCAAGCAUUUUUAUUAGUUGAACGUAGUGUUUUAGAAGAGUUUGGAAAGUGUCUAAGAAAAAUUAUUGAAUGUGCAAAUAAACCUACAGAAUGUGAAAGAAUGACACUGAUAUCUUCUGAAGUUACCUGGAUGAUUUUAGUACCAGGCUGAAGUUAUUUAUUACAAUAAUAGUGUUACUUAGAGUGUAGUUUGAUUAUUUUAUUUUGCAUAGUUAUGAAUGUAACAAAUCUUAUACUGAAUAUUUCAUUUUACACCAGGUCUAACUGUGUAAAGUUAAUACUGAAUUAUUGAUAAAGAUUUGACAUUAACUUGUUUCAGGCUUACAGACAUGACAGUUGUAGAAUACCAGAAGGAAUUUCUUGAAAAAAAUCAAACCUCAAAAGCUAGUCAUCAGUAAUGUUGCAGUACAUACUUACAAUAAUACUUUAAUAAGUUGGAGUACAAGCCAGACAUACGUAAACUUUGUGGACUUUACAGAGAGUGUUCAGAGAAAGAAAAACGUUUCUCCACAAACUUCAGUAAAUGAAUAACUACUGUAAUUAAUCUUGGAUGUGGUGCAUUAUGAUUCAGUACACACUGGAAUCUCGUGAAUGAUACCCACUUUUUGUGGGCUAUAAAAUGUGUGUGAAUAAGCUGAAGCUAUUUUUACACAAUUGUUUAAUAUUUUACUGAUAUUACAGAAUUUUUCACUGCUGUUCAUAUAAUUUAAAUUUUAUGUAAUACGUUUUUUAACAUGUAUAUGUAACAAUUUUUGCAUGUACAGUAAUGCCCAAUUAUGUGUGUUGCACAGAUAUUUAUAUCGCAUUUGUGGAUUAUGAAAUCGUACAAUUUUAACUGAAAAUUUUGAUCUCUGUAGAAAGUAUAGUUUUACAAUACUUUUAGAUGUUUAUUUUUUGCAUGUAGACAAAAGUACGUGUUGAUUAUAUUAAAUUUUACUAAAUUAAAAAAUCCAAAUUUAUAAACAUAAAGUGGUAUGUUUAAAGGUUUUUUACUUACUAAUUGCAAACAAGUUUUAUUUACUCUUGGGGUAUUCAACAUUAUACAAAAGAUCCAAAAUAUUGAGACUUAACUUGAAUAUCUUAUACAAAAUUUUUAUUCAUGUAUUGCUGUUUUCUAAAUUUUUAAACUGUUCACUGGAAACUCAACUAUAGGGAUAUAAUUUAUAUAGUAAGAAUAAUGGGAAUUUGUCUGAUAUUACGUGUUUAAGCUUACAAAGUAAAAAUAUGUGUUUAUUGCUCAGUUAAAUUUAAUGCAAACAAAUGUAUUAUAAAAUGGGCUUGUUAAGAAAAUUAAAGCUUUGAUUGUGUUUAGUUGUUUUAUUAUUUUUAAUUCAGUGCAGUUUGACCAUACUUUAUCUAGCCAUCCUCAGGUAUAAACAUUAUUAAUAAUGUGCAUUGUAGUGGAACAAAUAACUUGGUAUAUUGUAAAUCUUUUGGUACUAAUGAAAAAUAUGGCUAAACAUUGAAAAAUUUGAAGGAGAUAUUCACAGUUUGUUGGAUCUCUCCUGAGUUGAAGACAAACUGGACAGUACUUUUUGUACAGUAUAAUUUUAUGUAACUCUGGUGGCUAGGAUAAGUAAUGUGAUUAAAGUCACUCUUGUUUUAUAGAUUUAGUUAUUAAAACAAGUGUGGAAAAUAUUUUACUAUAACAUUGAAUAUCUACAUUUAAUUUGUUAUUUUUGUGUACAAAAACGUGUAAUGUAAACUACAGAAAGACACUAUACACUACUCAGUUAUGCAGAAUUUGAAAAGUAACUUUUGCAUUUCUUUAAAAUGUUUUAAGAUAUACUCAUUAAGUAAAAUGUAUAACAAUUUUGUUUGUAGAUAGAUACUCAGUAUAUUAAUAAAGUGUCACUUUUUGUAUGGA